AUGGCCGACAGUGGUGAAGCAACAACAAGCACUGCUGGAAACAGUCGCGGGAGAGGCGGAAAACGCCGGGUCCCUAGAAGAAAACCUAAUAAUCAAGCUGGGGAAGUAAAAGAUGGAGAAGAGCCCAAAAAAGCGAAUCCAAGAGGAAAUCGACGUGGAAGAGGCGGACAAGGUGAGCACUUUUCUCGAAGGUUUUGUUAAAACUGAAUUCUUGUUUUCAGGAAACCCGCAAGGUUUCAGUUUCAACCCAAAUGCUCCUGCAUUUGUCCCCGGACCAUCUACUUCUAAUGAGAAUCCAGUUCCAAGAGCGAAUCAAAAUCCGAAUCCACAUCAACGCGGAAGAGGUGGGAGAGGCCGCGGAAGGGGACGAGGAGGAAGAGUUCCAAAUUUACCACAAGGAAGUAAUAUGCGAGAAACUCUUAUUUAUCAAUUAGAAAAUAAUAAGUAUGAUUGUCCAAUUUGUUUCCACAAAAUCAUAACGAAACAAGGUUUAUGGUCAUGUCAAGUUUGCUAUCAAAUGUUUCAUAUUUCAACUGGUUGUAUAAUUGAUUGGGCAAGAUCAAGUCGAGACAAAGAAGAUGACAAUAAAUGGAGAUGUCCAACUUGUCAAAAUAAAACCGAAGUCAUGCCUUUCAAUUAUUAUUGCUUCUGCGGAAAACAACGUAAUCCAACAUAUCAAUUGGGAGAAACACCGCAUAGUUGUGGAGAUGUUUGUGGAGGAGCAAGAAAAUUUGGAUGUCCACAUCCUUGUGCUGAAUAUUGUCAUCCUGGACCACAUCCAGAAUGUCAACAACAAAUGGAAAAAUUAUGUAAUUGCGGAAAACUUGCAAAAACUGUGAUGUGUGGAAGUGGGAAUCCGAUAAUGUGUGAGGAUGUUUGUGGAAAAGUAUUGUCAUGUGGAACUCAUACUUGUACUAAGAUUUGUCAUGCUGGAGAAUGUGAAGAAUGUACGCUAGUUGUCGAACAAGGUAAGCUACAAGAAAAGCAUUGGGUUUUUCAAAUUGAAAAUGAUUGUUUUAACUUGCCACGUCAUAGUUCACGUCAAAAUACAAAAUAUUUUCUUUCAGAAUGUUUCUGUGGCGAAUCACUUCGUGAAGUCAUCUGCAAUCCAGAUUCACACGAAAAAUACAAUUGCGGCAAGAAAUGUCAAGGAUUCUAUGAUUGCAAAAAUCACAAAUGCGAAAGAAAUUGCCACGAUAUCUCCAAAAAUGGCUGUGGUGAAUGUCCCCAAAGUAUUUCUCGCAUCAAAAAUUGUCCCUGUGGCAAAAAAUCGUUGAAAUCCAAUGAAAGAACGUCUUGUUUGGAUGCGAUUCCAACUUGCGGAUCGAUUUGUGAUAAAUUGCUAGAAUGUGGAAAUUAUGGAAAACCACAUAGAUGUCGAGAAUUGUGUCACGAAGGAAAAUGUCCGCCGUGUAAAUUGAAUACGGCUGUGAUUUGUAGAUGUAAAGCUAUGAAAACACAAAUGACAUGUGAAGAAUAUUUAGAGGUUUUGAGAAAUGGUAAGAUUUUCUGGAAAAUCAUUGCUCAUUUCAAAAAUGUUCACUGUUUCAACAUUUUUAUAUUUAUGGAAAAUUCAGUUUUUCAUAAUUUCAAAAUUUUCAGGCGGAGAAUAUUUGUGUACAAAACGAUGCAAAAAACGAAAAUCAUGCCUAAUCCACAAAUGCCAAGAGAAUUGUUGCACACAAGAAGAGCACAUUUGUAUGCAAAUAUGCAAUAAAAGACUUGGUUGUGGAACUCAUUCUUGCGAUUUGAUUUGUCACGCUGGACAAUGUGCACCGUGUUUGCGAGCCGAUUUUGAGGAUAAAUAUUGUCAUUGUGGAAAAACUGUGCAAAUGGCACCGGUUGCUUGUGGAGCAAAACCGCCAGAGUGUUUGGAAGUUUGUGCGAGAGAGCAAGUUUGUGAACAUAGUGUUAAGCAUAAGUGAGUUAUUUUUGACUUUGAAAGGGACAACGGGGUACUUAAAAGUAAAUAAGCUUCUUAAACCCACGUUUCCAGAUGUCAUCCUUAUACAAAUUGUCCUCCUUGCACUGAAUUAACCACAAAAUGGUGUUAUGGUCAACAUGAGCAACGAAAAACAAUUGCUUGUCAUAUUCAAAGUUUUUCAUGUGGAGUUAUUUGUGGAAAACCUUUGGCUUGUGGAAAUCAUGUUUGUAUGAGAAGAUGUCAUGGAGAUGAAUGUGAAAAACCAUCAGAAAAAUGCAUCAAAAAAUGUGAAAUUCUUCGAAAUGGUUGUGAACAUAUUUGUGGUCUUCCUUGUCAUGGAAAAACUGAUUGUCCUCCUUCAGCUUGUCAAACUAUGGUAAAAGUAACAUGUGAAUGUGGACGAAUUAAAAAUGAGAUGAAUUGUUGGAAUGUUGAUAAAAUUAUGAAUAAGGAAAAGGAAAGUGCAGAAAAAACGGAGGAAAAUGAGAAGAAAGAAAAUAUUGAGGAGAAGAAGAGCAAUUUGAAGAGAUCUGAUAGUAUGACACAAUUAAAUUGUAUAAAAUGCGAUGAAGAAUGCAAAAAAUUGGAAAGAAAUCGAAAAGUGGCUGAAGCAUUAGCAAUUGAAGUUGAUGAACAAGGCGAAACAAAUCUAACACCAAUUAUUACAUUCCCAUGUUAUUUGAAAGAUAUGGUUAGAACACAUUUGGAUUUUGUUAAAACCGUUGAGAAGGUUUUUGAUGGAAUGUUUGAGCAAUUGAGUGAUGCCACAAAUCCUCAUAACAAUGUUUGUUCACAUACUCCACCUCUCAGCGUUGAAAAACGUCGAUUCAUUCAUGAAUACGCUCAUUAUUUCAAUAUUCAAUCAGAAAGUGUUGAUCAACCACCAAAAAGAUCAGUUGUUCUAACAGCGACACGUGGAAAAUCACAUCAACCAUUGGUUUAUAUUAGCGAAUUGGUGAAUUAUAAAGGAGCAUUGAAAACACCUGGAAAUACAGUAAUCAGGAAAGAAUUGAUGGAUGAAGUUAGAAGAGAAUUAAAUAGUGGAAAUAAUGGAGGAGAUGAAAAAGGAAUGACAACAUUGAAAACUACUGAAAGAAUGGUUUAUAAAAGAGAAAGUCGACCGAUUAAGGUUAGUGCAUUUUUGUGCUGAAAAUUAUGGUUUUUGAGAAAAAAUUGUAAAUUUUUCUAUUGAAAAAAAAAUGAUAAUUUUGAUGUGAAAAUCGUGAAAAUUCGCUAAUUUUGAACUAAAAAAUCUCGAACUUUAUCAUAAUUUUCGAAAAAUAAAAAUAGGUUCUCAAUUUUCAGCAAAUCGCCCCAUCUGUCCCGGUUUCUCAGAAAAACAUGUUUUCUCUACUUGGAAGUGAUGAUGAAGAUGAAAACGAUGAGCAAAAACCAACGAGUUCGAAAAAUGUUGCUCCGGAAAAAGAUUGGUGGAAUGAAGAGACUGAAAAAGAAAAAGAAAUGUCUGAAAAAGAAGAAGAUGGUUGGAAAAGAGUGGAGCCCAAAGAAUAUGUUGUGGAAAUUGAAAAAGAAGUUGAGAUAACUCCUGAUUCUCUUGAUUUGCCAGCUGAAAAUCCCGAAGAUUCGACACAAAAACCUGAAGAAGAGGGAACUUGGGAAGAUCUUGUUGUGUAAAAAUAUCAUUUUUUUUUUCAAAUUGUAUACGGUGUUUUCUUUUUUGUUGAACGGUUUAAUGAAUUUUUUGACGGUUUUUUAUUUAAGUUUGAUCUUAACUGGUUUUAUUUGCCAGCUUUAUAUUUUCUUUUUCGUGAUUUUAGCUUCAGAUCAGCUAAAUUUGUGUGUUUUCUAGGAAUUGGGCAAAAUGCAGUGCGAUGAUGUGACUUGGAAUAUUUUGCACAAAGGGCAGUGCUCGUUUAAAGCAUGGUGAGGAAUUUUUCGAACAAAUUGGGAACUUCGUGAAAAAUUAGGGAUUUUUAAGUGUAAAAAUCAUGAAAAUCGAUAAUUUUAACACAAAAAGUGAAAUUUAUCAUAAUUUAAAACAAAAUAAAAAUAGCCUCUAAACCUUGUUGAGUUUUGGAAAAAUGAUUUUUUCUGAAAAUUUUUGUUUUCAAGAAAGAUCUCAACGCAGAUUUUCAUCCCAAAAAUUCCCAAUUUCUUUCAGGUCAAAACCGAAAAUGUUUUGUCGUAAUGAGUGGAAUUUGACUGGUAUGUGUAAUCGAGCUUCUUGUCCAUUGUCAAAUUCACAAUAUGCAACUGUUCGAGAGGAAAAUGGUGGGUUUUUUGGGAGUUGGUGUAAAAAUUGGGUAUUUUUCAAAUGAACAAGGCUAAAAUUGUUAUAAUUUUAUUUUCGAAAUUUUUGAAACAAUGGAGUUUGGGACUUUUUGAAUUGCAAUUUUUUAUGAUAAUUUUCCUCUGAAACAUCCAAACUCACCCAAUUUUUGAAUUUUCACACUUUUAAAAUCUCACUGUUUCAAACAUUUUGGAAAUAAAAACCGUUAUCUCAUUUUUUUGAUGGACAGUGCGCAAAUUUUUGUAUUAGCAGAAAAUUUGGAAUUGUUGAAUUUUAUUCAGAUUUUCGGUCAUUGCCAGGCUGAAAAUUGGUUUAUUUCUGAUUUUGAAUUACUUGUUUCAUAGUAAAAAAAUAAAAACACAAUUUUUCAUUUUUGAAAAUUUUGAAACUGUGAGCUUUCGAGAAUUAAAAGGCAUUUUUAGUACCUGGCUCAUAUUGUCAAUCCGAAAAUAUAAGAACCGUGGAAGAGAAAACCAAACUACAGUAGUCUUCGCGGCUGCUUUGAUCUUUUGUACCGAUAGAGGAAAUAUUUGGUUUUCUAGGCCAUAUCGGUUCUCUUCCAAGGUUCACAAAAUUUCGGACUGACAUUAUCUUCACACGAAAAUACUCAAACUUAUUCCAAAUUUGAAAUUAUUGAAACAGUGAGAUUUUGGGAACUUUAUGUUUCAUUUUUGUUCAAAAAAUACAGUAAAUACUUCAAAAUUAUCCCAAUUUAAACAUUUUUCUUUCAUAAAUCUCUCAAAUUUUGCAGGUGUCUGCUAUCUUUAUGCCAAAGUAAUCGAACGUUCUCAUUAUCCUCGUCGACUUUGGGAAAAAACAAAACUCUCAAAAGACAUGAACAAAGCAUUGGAACAAAUCAGCGAUCAAUUAUUGCAUUGGAGCGAAUUUGUUCGACACAAAUGCAAAGCUCGACUUGUUCGAAUUCAUCAAUAUUUGAUUCGAAUGAGAAAAAUGGCAGUUCGAGGAAAUCAGAAGAAAUUGAUACCAAUUGGAAGAAAAGUUGAGAGAAGAGAGAAAAGAAGAGAGGAAAAAGCAUUGGUUGCUGCAAAAUUGGAUCAUGCUAUUGAAAAAGAAUUGUUGGCCAGAUUGAAGUGAGUUUGAGCGGAAAAUUUUUGGUUUUACAUGAUUUGUUGUCCCUCAUUUGUCUUGCUGAAAAUCUGAAAUUUUUAAAUUUGAAUAAGCUUAAAAGUUAUUGAUAUUAAUGUUCUUUAUAAGGAAGAAAGCUAAGGUUAUCUUUUAAAACGUAUUUUUCUCGGUCUUAAUUUUUCAUGGCAUCAAGGAAAAAAAAAAUCAAAAAUGCCCUUUUGUUUGUUCCCAAAACAAACCUCUAAAAACCGGAAUUUUGUUACAGACAAGGAACUUACGGAGAUGUCUACAAUUUCCGACAAGAAGCCUUCGAACAAAUGUUGGAUAACACAGAACAAGAAAAAGAAUUGGAAAUUGAAGAAGAAACUGAAAGAGAUGAUGAAGAUGUCGGAAAAACACAAUAUGUUGCUGAUUUCGAUGAUUCAGAAGAUGAAGCUGAAGAUAUUGAAGAUGGACAUUUUACACCACCAGAUACUGAUUCGGAAAAUGAAGAAGAAUGGCAACAAGAACAAGAAGAAUCGAGUGAUGAAGGAGAGGAUUCAGAUGAAGAAAUGGAAGAAGAACCACCAAAGAAAAAGGCGAAGAAAGUUGUGAAAAAGAAGAAGGUUGAACCAAAGAAACCAGUCAAGAAAUUGAAGAAGAAACGAGCUCAUGUCGAAAUUGAAUAUGAAGAAGAAACUGAGCCAAGACAACGUGUUAAGGCUUAA